CUUUUCCCUUGAAAUACUUCCUUGUUGCUGAAUGCAUUUAAACUUAAACAGAAACCGAUGACAUACAAAGGGCCGUCUGCGCUGUAGAUAUUGUAUUGGAUCUUAAGACUGAGAAGAAAUUGCUUAGCCUAUUUCAGGUGACCCUGCCCUUUUGUGUUCCAGAGGAAGCAGUGUCCUGGUUUUGUUGGUUUUCUCUUUCAUGUUAAUAAAUGACACCAGCGAUGCGGCCAGGGAGAAAUACAGAGAACAUAUUAGAAAGAAAUACCGAAGCCCUGAAAGAAGGUUCGCUAGCCAUGGGGUCUGUGGGCCUCCCUAUGAAAAAUAUGAGCAACUCAUUAUUGCAAAUGGAGAUAGACGAGAGACUGAAAUACUGCACAGACCAUGGAGGCAUUAUGGGGCCAUGUCAGAGCAAAUGGUUGCCGUUCCCACCGAGGCCUUGUUUGAGGCUGACAGUGAUGGACCACAGACUGUUGUACUGCUGGGAGGGGCUGGGACUGGGAAAACGACCCUGGCCAGAAAGAUCCUGCUAGACUGGGCAUCUGGAAGACUCUUUCCCGGGAGAUUUGAUUACCUUUUCUACCUCAGUUGUGGGCAACUGAAUCUCGUUCAGGGCCAGGUGGACUUGGCCGACUUGAUUUUAAACAGUGACCCUGAGCUUAGAGAGAGAGAAGAGAUAAUGGAACUCCUAGAAAUCCCUGUCAAGCUUCUCUUCAUAAUUGAUGGCUUUCAUGAACUCACUUGCUCCAUCGAACACCAGGAAGACCACCCAAGCGUUGAUCCCAGGGAGAAGAAGCCGGUGGGAGCCCUCCUGAGUGCAUUAUUUCACAGAGCCCUUCUUCCAGAGGCCUGCCUGCUAAUUACUACCAGGCCAUCCGCUUUGGAAAGCCUCAGGAAUUGCCUGCAAUCUGAACGCUGCGUGAGACUUUUGGGUUUUUCUGAGGAGGGCAAAGAAGAGUAUUUCCUCAAGGUCUUUGGAGAUAAAAAACUAGCAACACAGGCUCUUAGUUACGUUAAAGGGGAUGAAGCACUCUUUGCCCUAUCCUUUGUCCCCAAUUUGUGCUGGGUCCUCUGCACUGUGUUGAAACAGCAGCUAGACAGGGGCAAGGAAGAUCUAGUGCCAUUGUCUGAAAAACUCACUGCGGUAUACGCACUUUAUCUCUCCCGUUUGACCGAGUCUCCCUGCAGUAGCUCAGGGCAGUGGAAUCUGAGAGGGCUCUGCUCACUGGCUGCUGAUGGAAUCAGGAAAAACAAGACCUUGUUUAAGGCCGAAGAAAUCCAGAAGCAUAGUUCAGGUCACUUGGGUUCUCUUCCUCCUGCUCUUUUUCAGAAAGACCCUGAUUCUGAAGGUCUCUAUAGGUUCCUCCACCUCAGUGCACAAGAGUUUCUUGCGGCCUUGUUCUACGUUUUGGAAGACACGGCCAAAGAUCCUGAGACUAUGAAGCAAGAUCUAGAGCUCUCACUAGAAAGAUGUGGCAAAGACCCAGGAGAUAUGGCUUUAUUUGCCCAAUUCAUCUUUAGCCUAUUAAACAGAGAAAUAAUGGAAUACCUGAAAGAACAAUUUGGGUGGCAAAUUUCACCUGCAGUUAAGGCUGACUUGCUGGAUUGGUUUAAGACAGACACACAGGUUAAGUCAGAUUGUCCAAAUUAUCACCCGCUGGAGCGUUUUCACUAUUUCUAUGCGAUCCAAGAAGAGGAAUUUGUCCAAUGUGCUCUCGACCAUCUGACUGAAAUAACGAUGGACAGAUUGACAUUUACUCCCUUGGACCAAGCUGUUCUCUCCUUCUGCGUCCAGAACUGUUUACACUUGGAGGCGCUUUGCCUGUAUGGAAGUUUGUUUCUGUCGAAAGAACCUAAGGGAGAAGAACUUCCAGGGCAUCUCAGUCAUCCAUGUCAGCCAGAUCAGAAAACACAGAAGCGUUCAGCAAUUUACCUUCUCUGUCAGGCUCUGAAAGAUCCAAACAACAGAAUCAGGAAACUGGAGCUUGAUGGAUGCCAGCUCACAGACGGUUGCUGGGCAGAUCUUUCCACUGUUCUCUCAACAAGCCAGAGGCUGGUAGAACUGGACUUGCAGGCAGCCAGUCUGAAGGAAUCGGGAGCCAGGCUGCUGUGUGAAGGGCUGAGUCAUCCCAGCUGCAUGCUAGAAAAACUGGGACUGAAGGACUGUGGCCUGACCUCUGUUUCUGGCAGAGACCUUUCCACUGUUUUCGGUACCAGUCAGAAGCUGAGAGAGCUGGAACUGGGUUGGAAUCCUUUACUGGGAGAUCAAGGAGUUCAGCUGCUGUGUGAGGGGCUGAAGCAUCCAAACUGCAAGCUGCAGAGCUUGGGGUUGAGCAGCUGCAAUCUCUCAGCUGCCAGUUGUCAGGAUCUCAUCCCUGUUCUAAGUACCAGCCAGACUCUGUUGAAGCUGAACCUAGAAGAUAACAAAGUGGGAGAUGCAGGAGUGAAGAUGUUGUCUGAAGGACUGAAACAUCCAAACUGCGUACUGCAAACUUUAUUACUGGAAACAAGUGAGCUCAGCCCUGCCUGUUGUGGGGAUUUCAGCUCCAUUCUCAGCACCAGCCAGACAUUGACGGAACUGGCACUAGAAUAUAAUGGACUGGGAGAUGCUGGAGUGAGGCUGCUCUGUGAGGGGCUGAAGCAGCCCAGCUGCAAGCUGCAAAAACUGAGGCUGGCCCGGUGUAAUAUUACAGCUGCUUCUUGUGGAGAUCUCUCUUCUGCUCUCGAGGCCAGACAGACUCUGACAGAGCUGGUGGUGGAAUGUAACGAGCUUCGAGAUCCGGGGGUGAAGCUCCUGUGCAGAGGUCUGAAGCACCCGCACUGCAAGCUGCAGCUCCUCAACUUGUACAACUGUGAUCUCACUGCUGCCUGCUGUGCAGAUCUUGCCUCUGUCCUCAACAGCAACCAGACGCUGACCGAACUCCUCCUGGGAGGUAACCAGCUUGGGGAUUCCGGGGUGCAGCUGCUGUGUGAGGGGCUGAAACAUCCAAAGUGCACGUUGCAGAAGUUGUGCUUGUGUGGCACUGAAAUCACAGCAGCAGGUUGGGGAGAGAUCUGUUCUGCCCUCAGCACAAACCAGAUGCUGGAAGACAUUGAUUUAUGGAACAAUCCACUGGGAGAUUCAGGAAUGAGGCUGCUGUGUGAGGCACUGAAACACCCAGGCUGCAAACUUCAGAUUUUGUCGUUAUGGAAUUGCCAGUUCACCUCAGCUUCCUGCAGGGAUCUCUGCUCUGCUCUCAGCACCAACCAGAGUCUGAAGAAGCUGAAGCUGGGGGGUAACAACCUGGGAGAUUCCGGAGUGAAGAUGCUCUGUGAAGGACUGAAAGACCCGAGCUGUGGACUGGAGGCAAUUGAACUCGAUAUUGACGAGUUAUCUGAAGACACAGUGAGAGAGCUUAGUAGUGUGAAAAGAAUUAAGCCUGACCUGGUUAUAGACACAUAGGAACCGCUAUGAUGACAGAGGACAGGAAUGGUCAUGGAUGGAGUACCUGGAUAGCUCUGUUGGGAACUGGCAUUCCGCUGAACCACAUCUCCUAUUGCAAUCACUGGGAAGCAACAAAACCAACCUUCAAGCCAUACUGAGAAUCGGGAGCUGAAGCAGCAGCCAGAACAGGAAGGAAGCGGACCAUUAUAGGAUUUCACACAUCCGCAAUACUGCCCUGCCCACUUUCAGCAGCCAGUAGGACUGAGUGUAGAACUGUUUGCUGAACAAAUAAUAAAUUUCUGCCCUGUUUGUUAACCCUUUA